CAUCUAUUUCACAGUCUUGACUCACUUUAAUACCCGAGUGGAGUCCAAUUUUUGGCGCUCAAAUAACAGAACUUCCUCUGUAAACUUCCGGCAAGCUAUUUCCCAUCUCCCCCCUCUCUGAAUCCACUUUCCGGAUGAUCUCCUAAGUACUGAAAUUGAAUAAGUUAUCUGGGAUUAGUUCGAAGAAAUGUAUAUAAAGCAGAUUAUUAUUCAAGGGUUUAAGAGUUACAGAGAACAGAUUGAAACUGAAGAAUUCAGUCCUAAAGUUAAUUGUGUUGUUGGUGCUAAUGGAUCUGGAAAAACUAAUUUCUUUCAUGCGAUUCGAUUUGUACUGAGCGAUCUCUUCCAGAACUUGCGGAAUGAGGAUAGACACGCCCUUCUCCAUGAAGGUGCAGGACACCAAGUAUUAUCUGCCUUUGUGGAGAUAGUGUUUGAUAAUUCUGAUAAUCGCAUGCCUGUUGAUAAGCAAGAAGUGCGUUUGAGGAGAACUAUUGGUCUGAAGAAGGAUGAGUAUUAUUUGGAUAAAAAACAUAUCACAAAAACUGAAGUUAUGAAUUUACUCGAAAGUGCUGGUUUCUCUCGUUCCAAUCCUUACUAUGUUGUUCAGCAAGGAAAGAUAGGAAAGUUGACAUUGAUGAAAGACUCUGAGCGACUGGAUCUACUAAAGGAAAUUGGGGGCACCCGAGUCUAUGAAGAGAGACGCCGCGAGAGUUUGAAAAUUAUGCAAGAUACUGGUAAUAAGAGGAAGCAGAUAAUUCAAGUUGUUCAGUAUUUGGAUGAGAGACUUAGAGAGCUAGAUGAAGAGAAAGAGGAACUGAAAAAAUAUCAGCAGCUUGACAAGCAGCGGAGAUCUUUGGAAUAUACCAUUUACGACAAAGAACUCCAAGAAGCUAGACAAAAAUUGGAGGGGGUAGAAGAGGCUCGCAAUAAAGUUUCAGAAACAUCAGCCAAGAUGUAUAAUGAUGUGCUAGAUGCCCAUGAAAAUGCGAAGAAAUUAGAGAAGGAAGCUAAAGACCUCCACAAAAAUAUUCUAGUUUUGAGCAAAGAGAAAGAAGUUAUAGAGAAACAGCGGACGGAGGCAAUGAGGAAGCAUGCCCAGGUCGAUCUUGAUGUCAGAGAUUUAGAAGAGAGAAUUUCUGGGAGUAAGAGAGAGAAGGAGGAAGCUGCUGCGGAGCUUGAUGGUCUUGAAAGGAAAAUUCAGGAAUCCAAAAAUGAGCUGGAAACAAUUCGAUGUUCAUACAAUGAUCAGAUGGCGAAGGAAGAAGAAUUAACGAAAGGGAUAAUGGAUAGGGAAAAGCAGCUUAGCAUUCUGUAUCAAAAGCAAGGCCGUGCAACUCAGUUCGCUAACAAGGUUGCUCGAGACAAAUGGCUUCAAAAGGAAGUUGAUGAUCUUAAACGAGUUCUUUCCUCUAAUUUGGAACAGGAGAAAAAACUUCAAAAUGAAAUUCAAGGUCUUAAUUCUGGAUUGCAAAAUCAAGCUGCAUACAUUGAGGAACGUGAAACGGAGUAUAAGAAGCUGGAAUCAUGCAUUCCAAAGUAUCAGGACGGCUUUCGCAGUUUAAAGAAACAGAGGGAUGAAUUACAAGACAAAAGAAAGUCAUUGUGGGAGAGGGAAAGUGAACUUUCUUCAGAAAUUGAUAAGCUAAAGUCAGAAGUUCAAAAAGCUGAAAAGAGCCUUGAUCAUGCUACUCCUGGUGAUAUUAGAAGGGGAUUGAAUUCUGUCAGAAGGCUUUGUAGAGAUCACAAUAUUCGAGGAGUGUUCGGUCCAAUUAUAGAGUUGCUGGAUUGUGAAGACAAGUUUUUCACUGCUGUUGAAGUAACUGCUGGAAACAGCUUGUUCCAUGUAGUUGUUGAAACAGAUGAAAUAUCCACCAGAAUAAUUAGGUACCUCAAUUCAGAAAAAGGUGGGCGUAUCACUUUCAUUCCAUUGAACAGAGUGAAGCCCCCACACGUAAAGUAUCCGAACAAUGGUGAUGUUGUACCGCUGUUGAAAAAACUUAAAUUCUCUCCGCAUCAUAGUCCAGCAUUUCAACAGGUAUUUGGUAGAACGGUGAUUUGCAGAAACUUGGAUGUUGCCACUACAGUUGCUAAGGUGGAUGGUUUGGACUGCAUAACGCUGGAAGGGGACCAAGUAAGCAAGAAAGGUGCCAUGACAGGGGGAUUCUACGAUCAUAGGCGUUCAAAGCUGAAGUAUAUGGAUGCUGUUAAGCAAAACACUAAGGCUGUCACCAGCAAACAAGAGGAGUUGAACAAACUUAGAAGCGAACUUGAAGAGAUAGACCAGGAGAUAACGAAACUUGUCAGUGAACAGCAGAAAUAUGAUGCCGAGCAGUCCCAUAACAAGUCAGAGCUGGAGCAAAUCAGGCAGGAUAUUGUUAAUGCUAAGAAGCAAAGGGAAUCAAUGUCUAAGGCACUUCAAAAGAAGGAAAAGUUGCUUGCAAAUUCCCGUACCCAAAUUGACCAGCUCCAAUCUAGUAUAACUGCGAAAGAGCAUGAGAUGGGAACAGAUCUUGUUGAUCACUUGUUACCAGAUGAAAGAGAACUCCUAUCACGGUUGAACCCUGAGAUUACUGAACUGAAAGAAAAGCUCAUUGCUUGCAAAACGAACCGGAUAGAGACGGAAACAAGAAAAGGAGAGCUUGAAACCAAUCUAUCAACAAAUCUUGUAAGGCGGCAACAAGAGUUGUUGGCCAUAAGAUCGUCCGCCGACGCUGAUACAUUGCUUGGGGAAGUCGAACAGAAGAGACACGAUCGUAUUGAAGCCAAAGAAUAUGUUGAUGAUGCAACACAAAGGCUGAACAGAGUUUCUAAGAAAGUUGAUGAACACACGAAGCAAAUGAAAGAUAUCAAGGAUGAGAGAAAUAAGUUAAAAGCUCUAGAGGACAAGUACGAGCGUACGCUUCAGGAGGAGGCGAAAGCUCUUGAUCAACUACUAAGUAAAAGGAAUACUCUUUUAGCAAAACAGGAGGAUUGCAUGAAGAAAAUUAGAGAUUUGGGUUCUUUGCCCUCGGACGCCUUUGAAAAGCGCAAGAACAUCAAAGAGUUGCACAAAAUGCUUCACAAGUGCAAUGAGGAAUUACAGCAGUUUAGCCAUGUGAAUAAGAAGGCACUGGAUCAGUAUGUCAACUUCACGGAGCAAAGAGAAGAACUCCAGCAGAGGCAAGCUGAACUGGAUGCAGGCGAUGAUAAAAUCAAGGAGCUAAUCCAAGUUUUGGAUCAUCGAAAGGACGAAUCAAUUGAACGUACAUUCAAAGGUGUAGCUCGGCAUUUCCGGGAAGUAUUCUCUGAACUCGUGCCUGGUGGCCAUGGAUUUUUGGUUAUGAUGAAGAAAAAGGAUGCUGGUCAUGGAGAUGAUGAUCAUGAUGAGGAAGGGCCUCGUGAGGCAGAUGCUGAAGGGAGGGUUGAGAAAUACAUUGGCGUCAAAGUCAAGGUUUCUUUCACUGGUCAAGGGGAGACGCAGUCCAUGAAGCAGCUCUCUGGUGGUCAAAAAACUGUAGUGGCCUUGACUCUGAUCUUCGCCAUACAGAGAUGUGAUCCUGCUCCAUUCUAUCUUUUUGACGAGAUUGAUGCCGCACUAGAUCCACAGUACAGAACUGCUGUCGGAAAUAUGGUACGUCGCCUGGCAGACAUGGCAAAUACCCAGUUUAUAACCACUACUUUCAGAAUAGAGCUUGUGAAAGUUGCAGACAAGAUAUAUGGGGUGACGCAUAAAAAUAGAGUCAGUUUUGUAAAUGUGAUCUCCAAGGAUCAAGCUUUGCGCUUUAUCGAGCACGACCAGUCUCAUAAUGCUGAAUAGGGUUAGGCCGGACAGAGAAUACUCAACGACAUUAGUUACGAGGACAGAUGGCGAGUUGUUCAUCAGCAUCCAUUAAUUAUCACUAUGUAUAAUAAUAUACAUCCCGAGUUCUAACAUGUUCAAGCUUGGUAUAACCAAAUGUAGACUUUAAUUAAAUGGUGUGGAUUAUGUACAGUGAAGCAAGGAUGUCAGAUUUUCGUUUCCUUGGGGUUUUUAUGCAUUUUAUGGCGUCUGCUUUAUUGACAAGGCUCUUAUAAAAAGUCUUUUGCUCGGCAUUCCAGUUUAUCUUA